AUGGCAGAAGGCUACAAUACCAGAACGGAAUGUUCCUGUGGUGGCUACACCGACAAAUUUUUAGCUGACAAAUUCCCCAAUUUUGGCAACGAUUGGAUAACAAUACAACGGCGUUUUAAUGGAGCCGAGAAUUUCGACCGCCCAUGGUUAGAUUACAAAAAUGGUUUUGGAAAUAAUCAACAAGAAUUCUUUAUUGGUUUGGAAAAACUAUAUACCCUAACUCAAUCCAGUCCGCAUGAAUUGCUCAUAGUUCUGCAAGAUUUUGAUAAUGUUGUACGAUAUGCCCGCUAUGAUAUCAUACGAUUGGGUUCAGAAAAUGAAAAAUAUAGUAUCAAAGAAUUGGGAAAAUAUUCGGGUACAGCGGGCGAUUCUUUGAGUUAUCAUAAAAAUGCAAAAUUUUCAACAUCGGAUCGUGACAAUGAUGGGCAUGCCAGUUUAAAUUGUGCCCAGAAAUUUGGUGGUGGCUGGUGGUAUCAGGCAUGUCAUGAGAGCAAUCUGAAUGGACAUUAUAUCAAAACUGAUCACGAUCUCAGCUAUGCUUCUGGCAUUCAUUGGAAAACUUUCCGUCCCAAUUGGUAUUCUUUGAAAUUUUCACAGAUGAUGGUGCGACCAAAAUCAAAUAGGAACAGAAAAUAG